AUGGCUACUUCAACUGGACUCCCGCGCAUGUCUUUCGGCGCCAACAAGCCCCUUGACUUGAGUUUGGAUCUUCCCAUCGUUCUACUGCCCCCUUCCGAUGAUCCCCCCACCCCAACCUACGAGAGCGACGAGGAUGCUCAAAGGACACCUACCACAGCAUCUUUACCACAGAUCCCGGAGAGGAGCACGCGCCGAACCAACGAUGAAUCACCAUCCCUGGGCAGCCCCAAAGUGCCUCGCCACCCUAUUCCCUCUAUGCAGGCUGCCUUCGCCGAGUCAUUUCUUGAAGCCGCCAGCGGCAACCCCACCGAGAAACCAAAGUUAAAAACCGCCGAUGCAAAGGUGCGUCGCGAAGAGCUCAUCAGCCAAGAGCGGGAAGAUGAUCUGCCCGAUAUGCUCUGGCGCUAUCGGCCUGGCCAGCAGCAACAUGAGCUCCAAAAACUCAUGGCGCAAAUAUCAUUUGGUGUUUAUCUAUUACUCACCGGCAUGGCCAAUAGCGCAGCCCAGGUGGUUAGCAUCCUCCAGGGACACAUUGAUGAGGUGGACGAAUUUCUCGAGGUGGUCAUGGAGGACUUUGAACAGGCAUCCAAGGACCUAAAAGAGAGAAUAGACUACCUGCGCUUGCCGAUGGAAAAUUUGGAGGUAUUUGAAAAGCUUCUGGAAGAUCGUAACUUCCGGCUGGAGAUUGUGCAGGGGAAUGAAAAGAUUGAGCACAUUGUCGCCCGCACCAACAUUCAGCUCGAACAAUACGACAAGGAUGUCCAGCAUGGACUGGCCGCGACACGGGAUUUUGCGGUUUACUUGGGUCAGCAAAAUUCGGGCAAUUGGCGCCAGGACCGUCCGGAUGUUGUUGACAUUUACACCGCGAUGAAGGGCAACACGGAGGGUUGGUACAACGCGUUUGUUGAGUUGCAGGCUCAGGGGAAGGAGUUGAAUGCUCUGAUCAUCAAGCUCGGCAAGAUGGUGGCAGAGAUGAGCAAGAAGGCCGGUGAAGUCAGUCGAAGGACCUGGGCAAGCAUUCCCCCCUUCACCUUACCAAUACAAGGUGCUCGAUCUGACGAGGCCUCACUCCACUCUCCCCCGGCUUCGCCCCCUUCGACAAGCGUAAGGCGGUCAACCCUGCGUGCCAACAGUGUCAGUGGUUCUGUAUCUACCGGAAGAUCAAGUUCAAAUCCCACGUAUUUUGAGAUGCCACUUCAGCGGCCAUCUCCGGCAGCCUCGCCGGAUCGACAAUCCAUCCUCACUACUCAAACCGCACACACGACUAAAAGCGCACACACAAACAGGAGCGCGCAUACGAGCAGAAGCAACCACACAGGCAGUAGCUCUCGCACGACAGGUAGCUUUCACACGACCCACAGUACGCGAACGACUCACAGCACACAUUCAGCUCAUAGUGUGCAUGCGAACGCGCCAAAGCUGACCCUGGAGACGCCAGAUGGUCCCGUAUUUGAACCGGCCGAAUCCGAGGAGAUGGAGGUAGUCAUCGACGAUGCACCGCUCUAUAUCCUACAGCCAAGAACAUAUACCCCACAGCCUCCCGAACUUCUGCCAUCUCCCAUGGCCACGGAUCCGCCCAAGCAGGAACCACAACGGGAGACACCAAUGCCAACGAAAAAGAGUUCGCUCCGACAACGCGUUUCGCUCAAGACCACCCCGCCAGAAUCAAUCCAGAUACCUCCACCAGCCUCAGAGCUUCAUCACUCUCAUGCUGGUCGAGAGUCACCCCAACAAUACCAGGCUCCUGAUUCAGCCUAUGGCUCGGAUUUUGAUCAGCGACCGCGUUACCACACAGCGAAUGAGCUUUCCCCACCAGUGCAGCCGCCAGUGCUACCUUCUCCACGAUCUGAGCACCAAUUCUAUCGCCCUGUGCAAGCAAGCCCUCACUCUCCCCUUCAGCAAAGACCCCUUACAGCUGGUGCACAACCCAGAUCUCCAUAUGCCCAGUCAGGGUACUAUCCGUCUCAUCAGAGAAAUGCGCCUUCUCGUUUGGGAGGGGCCAGCAUGCUGAGCACUGUGACGACCAUGACAUACGAUUCGCAAGCUACAGCGAGUGGCGAGAAGCGACUGAAAAAGAAGCGCAGUGCAUUUGGCUGGCUGAAGAAAGCAUUCUCACUCGACGAAGAGGAGCGAAUGGCAUACGAGCAGCGGAGGCAGCAGCAGACGCCCAACAUGUACUACGAUGCCAGAAGUCCCAAGUUCUUAGAUGGCAAACGGGUGACACCACGCUGA